AUGCCCUUGGCCGCCGCUGGAGGCACCGAGGCAUUUGAAUUGCUGCUCGGAGGCCCCGUAGCUAAACUUCCUGAGCAGGAAAUGCUUACUCGCCUCCACACUCUCUUGCGGCAUCCACCAAGGGUUUGCACUACCAGAGCUUCCGCCUCGCAGCCUCUGGUGUGUCGUAAACUUUUCAGUUCCGCCGUAAGGCAGCCAGGCAGAGUCCGUGGGCACGCAUUGGCGUCUUGUCAACAGGGAGGGACUCAGUUUCAGCCCAGUGCUUCUGAAAGAUGGAACGUGGGGCCAAGAUACGUUUCAACUAAUUCAGUUGGUGCAGAAGAGACGAAGAUCUUGUACUCGAAAAGCCAUGAAUACGUUCGGUUUCUGACGCCCGAUGGGUCCAAGGCAGCGGUCGGGGUUUCAGAGUUUGCAGCGGACGAACUGGGGGAAAUAGUAUUUAUUGAGGCAGUGGUUCCGGUGGAUAAGGAGACGCAGGUCAGAGUGGCUAAAGGAGAUCCUGUCUGUGCACUCGAGGCCGUAAAAGCUGUGGCUGAGGUGUAUGCUCCUGUUUCUGGGCACGUUAUAGCAUUCAAUGAAAAGGUGAAGGAGGAUCCUGGCCUGAUUACAAGAGAUCCAGAGGGCGAGGGCUGGAUCUUCAUGAUGACCGUAGAACCAUCCCAAUCUGCGAGCGCAGACACUGACAAGUCACUGUCUCACGCUUCUGUCUGCUCAACUCUGCUUUCGCCAGCGGCCUACGCAUCCCACGUACGGCGGGAAGCUGGUGCAGCUGAUGAAAACUGA